UCCAUGUUAUGAGUGCACAAAACCUUCCAUUCAAGAAAUUUGUGCUACAAUGGCAAAGUUGAAGUCAUAUACUCUUUUGGCUAUGCUUAUUUUAUCAACUUUAGCCGUUGUUUCUGAAAGUCGGGUUGCCAGAAAGGACCUGGGUCUGGACUUGGGUGGCUUAGGGAUCGGAGUUGGCGCCGGGAUUGGCAUUGGCUUAGGAGGUGGUGGCAGCGGCUCAGGGGCUGGUGCGGGCUCCGGUUCAGGCUCUAGGGCUAGCUCGAGUUCUAGUUCAACCUCUAGCUCAAGCUCUAGUGCAGGUUCAGAUGGUGGUGCGGGUUCAGAAGCGGGCUCAACUGUUGGAUCCCGAGCAGGGUCGGGGUCAGGCGGCCGCAGUGGGGGAGGGUCCGAUGGUGGUGGUGGUGGUGGUGGAGGUGGAGGGUCCGGUGAGGGUUCUGGUAGCGAAAGUGGGUACGGUCAAGGAGAGGGACACGGGUCGGGUUACGGUGAAGGAAGUGGAAAUUAAUGAUCAGCCCAUCAGCCAUGCAUGUUAUAUAUGUACUCCAAAGUCCAAUAUGGUAAAAAAAAAAUUGCUAUACUAAUAUGUAAUUUAUUAAUGAAUAAAUGGGAGUACAAAAAGGCCCAAAUUACUGAUUUUAA